AGCUCUCAGUCAGGCACGACAGCUCUGCGACACUACGGGGCCACCCACCAGUACAAACAUGAACGAGCCAAUCAAAACUGAGUUGGUUGAGCUCCAAUUUAAUAGCGUGUGUUUUUACAAAAAUAACUUAUUACGUGGCAACUUGUGGGCUUUGCAAAUACAUCAAGUCAUACACUGUUUUUGAUACACUAUUAUAUACCGAAAGAAAGAAUGCUCUUUGUGUUUCUUGUCUUCUUGGGCCACACAUGAAUGGAAUGGAGAGGGAAAAAAAGACCCGAUUUUUAUUGUAUUUUUCAUAUUUUUAUGGCGAGGGAGUGAUUUAGCAUUCAAACAGGGGUGUUCAAACUGUUUCUAUUCGCCGCAAAAGUGAGCACACCGUGUGCCCGUUGAAAUGUUCGCAGUUGCGACAGCACUUUUGGGUGAUUUCCAAACAUCUUUGGAAACUGCUGUCAAAACCUUUCUGACCUCAGCGCAACUCCUGCUUUAGUCCCAACAUUUAAAAGAGUCAAGUCCCGUUUGAACUCACGACCUCCUUUUGAAAGGAAUUAAAGCGAUGGUGACGACAUUUUCCCUGCAUACAGUGGAUUUUCUAUCAUAUUUUGUUUCAAGUGUUUCUGUGGGGGCGGCGGCGGCGGCAGCAGCUGGGGCCGGGGCCACCUUCCUCAAAGUUAACUGCUGGUGUAUUGAAACACACAAACCUAUUGUGACAGCACUGAUGGACCACAAGCAGUUGAAUUUAAAGGCGUCCUCGCCCAAGGCCUGUCGUCCGCUCUAAGGUGUGGAAUAAAUGUUUGCUUUAAACUUGAUCUGAUUUCAAAAAUUUGCAACCAACCAGACUUUGGAUUUUGGGUCACCAAGGAGAAGAAAACUAAAAUGGCACACGUCAUUGUAAAGCUUUUUCUACUUUGCGUUCUGCUUGAAGGCAGCCUGUGUCAGGAAUGGGCGACUAUGUUGCCGUCGUCCGUGCAGGGCGUGAGUGGUUCAUGCGUUCGAAUUCCCUGCAGAUUGACGUCACUUGGAGGUUAUGAUCUGGAUUUGGACCGCACUUGCGCCGCCAUUUGGAGGCGGGGCUCCAGCAGGGGGCGCUACGUGUUCGACUCCAGACGCACGAGGGAGGAGAGCGCCUCCCUGGACUACCUCCAGGGACACCUCACCGGAAAUUUACAAGAAAAGGACUGCAGCACCAUCCUUGAGGACGUGACGUCCAACCACAACGACGAUUACUACUUCAGGCUGGAAUGUGACAACCGGCUCAAGUUCAACUUUGCCCAGAGCGUCCUGUUGGAAAUUCAAGACUCAGCACCCCGGCCCACGAUCGCCCCCGCCAAGGGCGAGGUCAACGAGGGUACGCCGAUGGCUCUCGAGUGCUGGGCCCCGGCUUCUUGCCCAACGCUGCCGCCGUUGCUGACGUGGACGCCGCAGCUGGGCGCCGUCUCGCAGGCACGCGUAGAGGCAGAGGGCCAGAGGCCGGCCAGGGUCACCGCAGUCAUGAAUUUCAUCGCGACCUACCGACACAACAACCUGAAGGUCACCUGCAGCGCCGCCUACAGGAGACAACCGGGACGUACUGAGCUGCUCACAGAAAGAAGACGGAUGCUUGAAGUUUUGCAUGGCCCUAAGAACACAUCAGUGAGCUACUCCAGCCCCGUGAGGGCGGGCACCUGGGUCACGUUGACCUGCGACACGCUCGCCAACCCUACUGUAUCUGCCUACGCGUGGUACCAAGUGGACGCCGGUCAGGUGACGUUCUUGAGAAGAAGUAAGCGAUACACUGUCGCCGCCACGGAAGACCCGCCCGGUUUCUUCUGCUGGGUGCGCAACACGUACGGAGAGCAAAAUUCAUCCGUCAUCACCUUCGAUGCACAAUUCCCUCCCAAGGACACCACGGUGUCCGUGGAGCCGCCUGGCGCCAUCCUGGAGGGCACCCCGCUGUUCCUGCUGUGCGAGAGCCGAGCCAAUCCGCCCGUGUACAACUACAGCUGGUCCGUAAACGGCGGCGAGGACCUGGAGGUAGGGGACCUCGUGACCCUGGACGCCGCCCGGCCCGGACACAGCGGCGAGUACCGCUGCAAGGCCAAGAACUUGCUGGGCGAGCAAACGUCUGCCGGCGUUCAGUUAGACGUUCAAUAUCCCCCUAAGAACACGACAGUGUCUGCGUGGCCACAAGGCUCUUUACCCGACGGCAGCGCUGUGACUUUAAGGUGCGCGAGCGUGGCCAACCCGCCAGCCGCUAACGUCACCUGGUACCGGGUGAACGGCGGGGAGAGGACGCUGAUGGGCACGGGACAGGAAAUGACCUUCAACGUCACCAAGCUGUCGCAGGACAAGUUCUAUUGUGAAAAUGUCAACGUUCACGGGGCCCAGUCGGCGCAGCCAAUCGCCUUUGACGUCACGUUCGCACCAGAGAUCCUGAGAUCCUCCUGUUGUCAGGACGUGUUAGCCCAGACCAGAUGUUCCUGCGUCAGCCAGGCCAACCCGCCGCCCUCCCUGCACUGGGAAUUGUCCGGUGUGCUCGUCAAUCAUUCCGACCGACAGCCCAUCACGGAGGAAGCCCUGGACAACGCCACCCGGAGGAGCAUCAUCAUCAUGCAGCGCUUGAGCGGUGAAGAAUUGGAGUCCUCGCUGGUUUGCUUCAGUUCCAACCCGCUGGGAUUUGACAGUAUCGCCUUCAACAUGUCCUCCCCUGCCGCUCAGAUAGAUGUGCCGGUUCUGGUUGGUUCUGCUGUGGGAGUGAUUACCAUGCUGAUCUUGAGUCUCCUGCUGCUCUUGUACAUUUGCAGGAAAACCAAAGGCAGCUUCCCAGCCAGCGAGAGACGAGCAGACAACGCCGCAGACUAUUUGGUCACCAAUGAGAGCAACACUUCCCAUGUCAACGCCAUUUACGCAAACGACUUGGCCAAGGAGGCGGACGACGAGCAGUUGCACUACGCCCACGUCAACGUGGUCAAACGGAAGUCGCUGGACCACGACGAGAUCCGAGGACUUUCCUCCGUCACUGGAGAGUACGCGGAGAUACGACUGCGCGCCGCUGGCGAAAGCGACCAAAAGACGCAACCGGAACCAGAGGAGGAAAAGGUGGCGGACGUUCCAUCCGCGCAGGAAGUGGCGAGCGACGACGUCGCGGCCUCGACAGAGUCCAAGAGUGACGGAAAUGCUCUCUAGACAACCUUUGUUUGGUUGGCUUUACAACUGUGGAAAGGCAAAUAGUUGUAAAGAUUCUUUUGUUCCUUUAUAGAAUUAGAUUUGUCUCUUCUUUUUUUUUUUUUUUUUUUUAUGCAUUGCCAGUAACCAAAUGUACACCUUUUGAAGUGUACAGGCUUUCAAAAGUAGCCAUAUAAACAAAGCUGGGAAAAAUGUCAUUUCCCAUUUUUCUGGUUUUACACUUGGCAAAUAGAAAGCUGAAUUGGAGCUAUUUUGCUAUUCGUCUACUUUGCUCUCUUUGGAGAACUCGCCUUUCUCCAGAUCUGUAGCAAAAUGCCCUAUAAAGUUCUUCAAGAAACAAA